CGUGCGUGCGUGCACAGUGGUGGUGACUCUGGAGCCGUUGGUCGGAGCGGAGACGUACGUUAACGGGAAGCAGAUCACGGAGGCCGUCGUCCUCAAACAAGGUAACCGCAUCGUGAUGGGGAAGAACCACGUGUUUCGAUUUAACCACCCGGAGCAGGCGAGGCUGGAGAGGGAGCGCAGCGUCACGGCCGAGCAGCAGGGCGAGCCGGAGGACUGGAACUACGCUCAGCGGGAGCUGCUGGAGAAACAAGGCAUCGACAUCAAGCUGGAGAUGGAGAAGAGACUUCAGGACAUGGAGGUUCAGUACCGGAGAGAGAAGGAGGAGGCCGACCUGUUGCUGGAGCAACACAGACUGUAUGCAGACAGCGACAGCGGUGACGACUCAGACAAACGCUCCUGUGAGGAGAGCUGGAGGCUGAUCUCCUCCCUGAGAGAGAAGCUACCUGCCAACAAG